AUGUUAACUGAAGCGCGGAAGUACGAGAAAAUAAUCAGCCAGGCGCCGGCCCACCGCUCCCGCCUCACCGCCAGCUGGGUGCUGCUCACCACGCUGCUGCUCUGCAGCUGGACACGCCCCGUUGCAAGCGGACGUGUCAGCUCCGCACCUGUUGUUGUAACCGACGAUGACGAAAUGAUGGAAUAUGCACCACAAUAUGAGCAUCCCGAGUACGCUUUUAGCUACGGCGUUAAGGAUCUGCAUACGGGCGAUGUCAAGUCGCAGUGGGAGUCGCGCGAUGGCGAUGGCGUCAAAGGACAUUACAGCAUACUGGAGCCGGACGGCUCUAUACGCACCGUACACUAUACCGCGGAUGCCAAGAAGGGCUUCAAUGCCAUAGUCAAGACCGUGGGUGCCAACUCGCAUCCCAUAACAGAAACGCCAGAGAGCGAGGCCAGCAUUAAUGAUGACACAUCGCAGUCAAAGAUCAAUCACUAUAGCAAGGAUCAGGAGCACAUUGUGCUCAGCUCGGACAUAAAGCCGCUGAAGAAACCCAUUGAGGAUCUAACGCACUCGCAUCCCAAGAUCCCAAGCCUCAUCGAGUUCAAGCCGCAUGCGCGUAUUAAGCAAGUGCCCAUGGAGCUGGAGCCGGGCAUUAGGACACGCCUGCAGCAGGCCAGGGACAACUACUACAAGGAGAUUGCUGCUGCACAGGCGCAGGAGGAGCAGGACUACUCUUCCAAGCUGCAGCCACAUCCCAGCUAUGCAGUUCAAGAAAGCGACUGGAAGGCGCUCAUUGUCAACGAACCCAAGGAGUAUCGUCCACACUACAGCAGCAGCCAGCCGCAUCAGCAUGCCUACUACGAGCACUACAAGCCCAAGGAGCUGCCCACCAACUAUAUACACAAGCCCGCCGUGCCGCAACAAUCACUGCAUACUAGCUUCGGUCCUUCCAAGACACGCAACCAUAACAACAACAACAACAAUAGUCCGGAGCCCAUUUCGAAUCACAUACAUGCCAAGAAGCACGUCCACAGCACGCCGGGACUGAAGCACUACAAGUACAAGGCGGUGACCAAGAGUAGCGCGCGUCCAGAUUACUCCAGCUACUUCCAACGCAAGCCCAAGCACUUAAAAGUGCAACAACAGGCGCGCAAGCCGGCAGGAUCUGGUCCUGUGCUCUUUCCCGCUGUUGAGGAGGAUGACUAUGAGGAGUAUGCUGAGAAUGAGCAAGGUGUCGCCUCUGCUAGCCUAGUGCAGUCCAUGGUACGACGGGACAAGCAGCAUAUGGUGCCCAUGUAUGCGCGUGGCCAUCAGUUCAGUGCGGCCAGCAUUCGCAAUCUGGCGGGCGUCUAGGCUACUGCUCCAAGAGUGAUU